AUGUCCCUUCGUCCACAUACUUACUCCGCACCGAGUGUAUCACCUCCAACCAUCUCACGACCUUUACUCCCUGACUCAUCCUCAUCUAUAACGAGACACGGUGAUGGGAAAGCGCAAGAAAGACAUCGUGAACAAUUAUUGAAUUAUAAGAGAGAUCCUUCGAAAUCGAGAUCGGUCGUUUCCAUUAGAUUAGCGAACCUUCAGAAAAUUUGGGCAAAAGCAGAUCAAAGGAGAAAUAAAUCAUCUCAUGACAGACUUGAGGAUGGUGAUGAAGAUGAAGACGAUGGGGAGGAACGAGAUGAGAUCAGUUCUGGUUUCAAAUACCGAUGUAAAGGCAAAAGGAGAAACUGGUUUUCGCGAUACAGUGUGUCUCGAUUACACAAGAGGUCAUUAAUUGUCAAGGUCAAUAACAAUAAAUGGAUACUAUAUAUCGUCGGAUUAUUCCUGUUAUAUCUUGUCAUCAUUAAACCGAUAUUGACAUUCGGAUCACACGGAAAAAGCAAUUCAUCCAAAUCAAAAAAACAUCUUGGUCGAUCAUCGGUACCCAGAGCACCUUUACCUCCCGCUAUACUAUCCAAAAAGUCCAAUGUGAUCGAACAUGUCAUUAAUGAAGAUAGUGGAUUACUCCAAGUCAACCCGAAAAGUACUGUUCAUCCUAUAUAUCAACUGAUCAGAGAUGCAAGAAGCAAAUGGGAUGACAAAGUCUCAAGACAAAGUAAAACUUUAUUAGAUGCGACCAAAGAAUAUCAAACAAGAUACGGGAGGAAACCUCCAAAAGGUUUUGAUAAAUGGUGGAACUAUGUUGUCGAAAAUGAUGUCCUUCUUCCCGAUGAGUACGAUCAAAUCAAUAAAGAUUUAUAUCCUUUUCGGGCAUUAUCACCUCGAGAUCUCAACAAACGUAUAAAGGAAGCUUCUAAAUUAUCUGAUACGUAUACAUUGAAGAUGAAAAGAGGAUCGAUGAGGACCAACGUAUUCUAUUCUGCUGAUAUCAAAGGUGCAAACGAAAGAUUAGAACAACAAGUUGAAUUGAUAAAACCGAUAACGCACAUGUUACCUGAUAUGGAAGUAGUUUGGUCAAUACAUGAUACACCUAGAACGAUCAUCGGUUGGGAUCAUAGAAGAGAAUUGAGUGAACAUGUAGAAGAAGAUGAAUGGUUUCAUGAAGAUGAGGAAAUCGAUUUAACACUUUCAGAUUGGUCAUCUGCUUGUCCACCUAAAUCACCUAUUAAAUCAUUUAAUCCUUAUUAUUUCACGAAUCCAACUUCUUUUCUAUCUUCAACGACAUCAAAUAAGAGAUUCAUCUCAUCGCAUCAGAACUCUAUGGAUAUAUGUAAAAAUCCGAAUUUAAUUCCAAUCCAUGGGUACUUGACUAACAAGAAGCCUUUUGUCAAUAAUUUGACUCCGAUUUUCACUUUAUCAAAAACAAAUUUACAUUCAGAUAUCUUAGGUGUACCUGUCGAACAGUGGGUUGAGGAUUCUUCAUCUUCCUCGCAAGAUCCGGUUUCGUCGUGGGAGAAUAAACAAUGUGACAAAUUAUUGUGGAGGGGCUCAAAUACAGGUAUUGUACAUUCUAUCAAUACUUCUUGGAGAAAUUCGCAUAGAACAAGAUUGGUUUCAUUAACGCAUUAUCAUGAUGACGACGGAUCCCAAUAUGAGGAUGAAGAUGUAAACCUAUCGCAAAACGAAAAAGAUAAGAUGAUGAUUGAGUAUAUACCGCCACCUAAAGGGUUGAAAAUAAGAGCUGAGUUGGAGAAGUCCAUUCAAAAACAGAGUUUGGAUGAAUGGAAUAAACAGAUUAUGGAUUUGAGUUUCACGGGUACACCUAUACAAUGCGACCAAGAUGACGGAACAUGUGAUGAUCUACUGGAUGAAUUUUCAUGGGUAGAGCAUAUGUCACAUGAAGAUGAGAAAAAGUACAAGUAUAUACUCGAUGUGGAUGGGAAUGCUUGGUCAGCUAGAUUUAUGAGAUUGUUGAGUUCUGGAAGUUUGAUAUUGAAAGCUACCAUAAUGCCUGAAUGGUGGACAGAUCGAAUUCAAGCUUGGGUACAUUACGUACCUAUUCAGAUGGAUUAUUCCGAUCUAUAUGAUGUGAUGGCGUUUUUCCAUGGAACCUCAUCUAUUCCCGGAGAAUCAGCAUUAGCUCAAGAUAUCGCUGGUUCAGGUUUGGAAUGGUCUUCGACAUAUUGGAGAAAAGAAGAUAUGACAGCAUACAUGUUUAGGUUAUAUUUGGAAUGGGGUAGAUUGGUUCAUCAUAACAGAAAAGCCAUGGAUUUUGAUUAUGAUCCCAGCAUGGAAAAGAAGAGGGAGUAA